AUGCCGCCGAAUUCUAACAAUGCAUAUGAGGAAGAGAUAAUCUCGCUCAUUCCAAAUCCUAGAUCAUUUUCCCCGACAUCAGACAUCAUCACACCUAACCAUACCCCAUAUCCUAAUUUCAACCAUAGUACAUCUUAUAACCAUAUCCCCGGCCUCCAUCCUUUUAACGAUAAUAAUGUCAAUGUCAAUGUCAAUGCCAAUGCCAUUGUCAAUCUCGACGGCGUCGUCAAUACCAAUUUCAAUGUCGACGCCAAUCUCUACACCGCCUCCACCUUUCCGACCAAUCAGAAUAAUCAUAAUGGAUACGAUAAUAUCCUCUCUAUGCUCUAUGCUCAAGAAGAACCGAUUAGGAAAGCUACCGACUUUAAUAUUUUUCAUCGCCCUAGAAGUGGUGGUUUUCAAGUGCCUAAGAUCUCGGCUGAAGAGAGGAAAAUAAAGGUUGAUAGGUAUUUAAAGAAGAAACAAGAGAGGAACUUUUCCAAGAGAAUCCGGUAUGUUGCAAGAAAGACUUUAGCUGACACUAGGAAGAGAUCAGAGAAAGGGAGAUUUAUUAAAAAAGAGAAAUCUGGGGAAGGCUCAUCAGACACAAACAAAGAUAAUAUUGAGUUUUUGGACCCCAAUGGAUCAACUAGCAUGAGAGAGGAAACAACUUGGGGGAAUCAUUGA